UUCUGUUAUAUUGGGGCCCCGGCGGGGGGGGAGUGUGGAAAGUAAAACAAACACUGUUCAUUAAAAAAAAUUGGGAAGUUUGAACCCUAAACCCAAACCCACCCCGUUCAGCCGCCACCCCUCUCUCUUCCUCUUUCACAGACAACGCCAAUACCACUGCAAGCCCAAAUCAAGUCAAUCUUCAAAGAGAGUUUUUUUCCAGUGCUCGUUUCUCCUCCUCCAGCUGUCACUCCUCUUUCCUGCCAUCACCCACAGCCGCUGCCCGCAUCGAACAUAUAGCACGUUAAACCUGCAUAUUUGGUGAAAAAUCAGGGGAGGGAUUUGAUGAAUGGUGCUUCAAGUAAUUUGCGUGCAGCUUUCUCCCACUGUGUGCAGCAAGUGCGAAAUUAUGAUUACCAUCACUACCUCUGCCUCCUCGAACUCCCUCCUAGUAUGCGGAAAGCUUCAUUCGCUCUCCGCGCCUUCAAUGUUGAAACUUCCAAAGCCAUGGAUGUAGCUUCUGAUCCAAAAAUCGGUCUCAUGCGCCUUCUCUGGUGGCAAGAAGCCAUAGACAAAAUCUAUGCUAAUAAGCGAAUUGAACACCCAAUAGCUCAGGCUCUUGCGUCGGUUGUAUCGGAGUAUAAAAUCAAUAAAGUAUGGCUUAAAAGGUCAGUUCAAGCUCGAAUUAAUGAUGCCAAUCGAGAGAUUACUGACAUCCCAAAUGAUAUUGAAGAGCUGGAGAAAUAUGCGGAGGACACUGUAUCAACGCUUCUUUAUAUGACGCUGCAAGCGGGUGGCAUCAUGUCCACCACGGCGGAUCAUGCGGCAUCUCAUGUUGGUAAGGCUAGCGGCGUUCUCUUACUUCUCAAGUCAUUGCCAUACCAUGCUACCCGCAAUCGUCACUUUUCUUAUAUACCAGCAAAAGUGGCAGCCAAACAUGGCUUGCUGGUGAAGGAAGGGGGUCGGUCAGAAAUCCGGUUGGAUUCUCGUGAGGGGUUAUGUGAGGCUGUUUUUGAGAUGGCGUCAGUGGCAAAUGUUCAUUUGCUCAAGGCUCGUGAAUUAGCCGGAAAGGUGCCUGAUGAAGCUCGCAAAGUUCUUUUGGAGGCUGUGCCUGCCCAAGUUCUUCUGGAUUCAUUGCGUCGGGUACAUUUUGAUGUGUUCGAUCCAAGGUUAGCACAAGGAGUUCUGGGUGUUUCUCCUCUAUGGUAUCAAUUGAAACUGAAGUGGUAUUCAUUGAGGGGGAAAUACUGAAAAUUUUCAUUAGUGGGUGAUUGAUUUCCUCGGAUAUGAACUAGAAGCUAAGAGGGUCGGUUUUUCAGUAAAGUCUCCACAUUCUUACCAGUUCAGGAGCUUUAAAGAAUAAUUGCUGAUUGCAUAAUUUUUUAAUAAGAGAGUAAAAAAUGACCAGUUUUUUAGGCAACAUUUAAUCGAGUGUUACUUAAUUGGUUACUCCAAAUCACUGAAAAAAACUACUUUGUGAAGGGAUUUUCGACCUUUUCCUCAACUUUUGGUUGGAAAGAAUUACAUUUCCAGUUUUCAAGAGAAUUUAGUUUUUGAUGCUUUCUGGUGAUAUGCGCUUGCAAGAAGCCUUUAUGUGUUAAAAACUAUCAGUAUUCAUGUGAAGGGUUCUCUAAAGACUAAAGAAGAGUUUUCUAUACAAUGUAUAUAUAUGACAAAUCCAUCCCUUGGUGACAAUGAUGAAUGGAUUGUAUGAACAUUUCUUAGA